UUAUCUACAAUAUUUAAUUGAUUAAUGCUGAAUAUAGUUUUAUUAGUGGUACUAUUGGUUGAGCUUUAAGCUGAUAAAUUGAUAUAAAUUUAAGCAUUAUGGAGACACGGUGCAAGAACACCAAUAUAUUGUAAUUGGAAUUGUAUGUAUUUCCGAAGUCAUGAAAUGCUUGAAGGUUAUUUGACAGCAACAGGAAUGAGGUAACAUUAUGUUUUAGGAUAAUGGAUGAGAAAGAGAUAUAUAGAAGAUAAUAAAUUUUUAAGUGAAACAUUUAAUGCAUCAGAAAUAACUAUAUAUGCUACAGAUGUGAAUCGUACAAUAAUGAGUGCAAUGAGUAAUUUUUAAGGAAUGUAUUCAAAUAAUGGACCUGAUGUUCCAAAUAAUGUAGAGGAUUCCUUUCUUAAACCACCAAAUCCAAAUGCUGAACCAGAUGUAGAUAUUGGAAAAUCAGCUCUAAGAUUCAACAUCUAGGUUCUUCCAAUUCAUAUGAGAACAGCUUUAACUGAUAUUCAAUUAAGAGCUUAUGGAUCACCAUAAUGUGCAUAAGCAGCAAGGUUUUAGAUUGAAAAUUAACAUACAGAUUUAGUUAAGAAUGUAUCAGAAAAGGCACAUGAUACAUUGAUUUAAUUUUGUAAUGAAAUGAAUAUUGAUCCAUAUAACUUUACAAUAUUCAAUAUGUCUGAAUAUAUGGAUACAUUCUAUUCGAGUAUUUAUAAUGAUUAUCCAAUGCCUACAAAUUUAAAAAAGGAAACAUAUGACAAAGCAGAUUCAACUUAUUCAUUGACAAUAGCUUUAAAGUUAUAUUAGACAUGGAAGUAUAUUUAUAUUUAUUAAUAUUUAUAGAUAAAUAACAACAUAAUCAGCUCCCUUUUUUGAUUAAUUCUUUGAAUAUACAGAGAAAGCAUUAAAUAAAAGUUAAACUUCAUUCAAGUAUGUUGUUUAUUCAGCUCAUGAUGUUACUGUUUAAUUGAUAGCAUCUGCUUUGAAUAUUACAUCAGCUGAAUGCAUGGCUCAAGUAUAUCUUGGUUAGGAAGUAUAAAAUAAGAAUUGUAUAUAUACUUAUCCUGGAUUUGCAUCUAAUAUUAUUUGGGAAUUGUGGUAAGAUGAUACUAAUAAUGAACCUUAUCUCAAGAUUCUAUACAAUGGUACUGAGAUGAAUUUAUGUAACUAAAAUUCAACUAAGUGUUUUUAUAAACAUUUCAAAGAGUUGAUUAAUGCUCAGAAAGGAAAUUUUUAAAAUGAUUGUGAUAUUGAAAUUGAACCUAUUGUAAGAUUUUUAUAAUAAAUAUUGUAAGAUUGAGUACAGAGUACCAAUUUGGAUGACAACACUUACUAUUAUAUUUAUUGUUAUCAUUGUAGGAUUUUGUUUCUAUGGCAUUUAUUUGUAUAAGUAGAUAAGAUAGGAUAGAACUUUGUUAAGUUAGAAUCUAUGA